AGCCCUUGCCUGCGUCCCUCCACCAACCGAGUGCUCAGAACAUCGGGUCUCAGACGCCGCAGCACCGGGACCCUGUGGAAGUGGGAGUCUCCACACCAGGCUUUGAGUCCGGGGAGCUCACUCUCAGGACUCAGGUGAGGCAGAUAAUUCAAGGAGCUGAAAUUGGGGUGGAUCUGGAUCUCAGAUCAGCUAUGCUGUGUGGAAAACAGCGGAUCACCCGUGCUUGGAUGUUUUGGGUGUCCUAAAGCCGGAAACGCGCACGGCCGGCCGCAGUCAUGCCAAAGAAUAAAGGUAAAGGAGGUAAAAAUAGACGUAGAGGUAAGAAUGAGAACGAGUCUGAAAAAAGAGAACUGGUGUUCAAAGAGGAUGGGCAAGAAUAUGCACAGGUCAUCAAAAUGUUGGGGAAUGGACGAUUAGAAGCCAUGUGUUUUGAUGGUGUAAAGAGAUUGUGUCACAUCAGGGGAAAAUUGAGGAAGAAGGUUUGGAUAAAUACCUCGGACAUCAUAUUGGUUGGUCUACGGGACUAUCAGGACAACAAAGCGGAUGUCAUUCUAAAAUACAAUGCAGACGAAGCUAGAAGUCUGAGGGCCUAUGGCGAGCUUCCAGAGCAUGCUAAAAUCAAUGAAACGGAUACCUUUGGCCCUGGAGAUGAUGAUGAAAUCCAGUUUGACGACAUCGGAGAUGAUGAGGAGGACAUUGAUGAUAUCUAAGUCGAACCCGACGCUUUAUUCCAUUAGACCUGAGGAUCGUCCUACAAUUUGGACUUGGGGCUCUCCCAUUGUAGAAGAUUAAAAUUUCAUCAGCAUGAGUACUAUUUAUUCGAGCAGCUUGGUUUGUUUUUAAGGU